AUGGGACGCGUACGAACCAAGACCGUCAAGAAGUCCGCAAAGGUCAUCAUCGAGCGAUACUACCCCAAGCUCACCCUCGACUUCGAGACCAACAAGCGUAUCUGCGAUGAGAUCGCCGUCAUUGCCAGCAAGCGUCUGCGCAACAAGGUCAGAACGCACUUCUCUUCAGAAAGACAUGUGCGAGAUAUUAACGACUUGUACAGAUCGCCGGCUACACCACCCACUUGAUGAAGCGUAUCCAGCGUGGUCCCGUCCGUGGUAUCUCCUUCAAGCUGCAAGAGGAGGAGCGUGAGAGGAAGGAUCAGUACGUUCCGGAGGUGUCGGCUCUGGACUUCACACAGAACAGCGAGAGCGGUAUGCUCGAUGUGGAUCAGGAGACCAAGGACCUGCUCAAGUCCAUGGGCGUAAGUUACACACAGUCAUGGAACACAUCUGACGAAGCGGCUGACAUGGGCACAGUUCGACAGCAUCCCCGUCAACGUCGUUGCUGUUCAGCAGCAGCAGGCUGCAGAGCGCCCUCGCCGCUUUGGCGACCGUCGCCCUGGCCAAUAA